GCGUAUAUGAUCACUGGACGAUCGCCAGUCAUCAAUCGGUGAUCUGUCAUUCGUUGUAUGCCUUGUUUUUAACUUAAUUGUCCAUUUAAUUUAGAAAACAUCAAGUUAGUUUUUUAGCUUGUUACAUCGAAAACAAAUACUUCGAAUCAUUGAAAGGUGGUUAAUAAUUAACAAAAAAAAUAAGGUUAUAACAAAGUGAGUGUGAAUAUUUAUCCGUUCAAAGAUUGCGGAUCUUGCCAUGACGACGGAAGAACAGUUUCAGGCGGCUGUUAAUGUGAUCAGGAAUUUACCAAAGAAUGGUGCAUAUCAACCUAGCAAUGAAGUUAUGCUACGUUUUUAUGCAUAUUACAAACAAGCAACAGAAGGAUCAUGUCAACAACCAAAACCAGCAUUCUGGGAAGUGGUUAGAAAAGCAAAAUGGGAAGCUUGGACACGCUUGGGCAAUAUGAGUAGAACAGAAGCUAUGAAUAACUAUGUAGAAGAAUUAAAAAAGAUUGUAGAAACAAUGUCUUAUACAGACAAAGUGGCUAAUUUUCUAGACAGUUUAGAUUCAUUUUGUGAAAGUGUCCCACCUGAAGAUUUAGAAUUACUUCUUGGUCCUGUGUUAGAACGUAUGCGCUCACAACCUGGAAUGCCAUUAUCUGGUUCUCCCCUAGCAUCAAGAGAAACAUCACCACAUAGAGGUUGUAACAUGACUCGGCACAUUGCAAGUAGUUUAGAAACCAGCCCAGCUACUAGCCAUAGUGCAAGUCCACUAGAUACCGACGGCGAAGACGAAUUUAUAGAUACUGUCGAAUCAGCUCCAGAACGAUUACCAAAAGACAUAACAAAAACCACUAAUGUUACUCAAAAAAUGGUUAAUGGUUUAAAUGUUUCUACUGAUAAAGUUAAUGAGUUAGUUACUCAAAAAGAGAACUCUUCAGAAUUAAUUAAUGGAUACACUAAUACAAAUGGCUAUGCAGAACCACUAACAGAAAAUAAGCAAGAAAAAAGUAAACAACGUGUUAAAAAAGAUGAAAAAUCUAACGACGAAUUUUUCAAUCAAAUAGCUAUAACUAUGCAAAACUUACAAAGAGAUUUAGACAGAAUAACGGCCAGAGUGCGCAGUUUAGAAGGUCAAACAUUACAGGCAUUGGCGCCUUCAAUAAAGCAGCCUGCAGCAACUUCAUACCCAAAAUGGUGGCCUUUACCAGAGUGUUCACCGCGAUUAUUCACUAUCUUAAUCGUAUGGCCGUUCAUAGCGCAAUUUUUGAUUUCUUUAACACAACGUUAUCGUCAGCGAAGGCUGUGAUUUAAACAUUACCAUAUUACAUCACUCGAAAUAUAUUCCACUAUUUACUGUUAGAUGAAUUCAAAUCAGUGUUGAAUUCAAGUAAUAUAGACAUUUUUUAAGACAGUUCAAGUAUAUUUCUACAAUCUAAAUAUGUAUAUGGCCAAAACUGCUAUGUGAUUCUUGAUUCAUACAGAUUACAUUUGAAGACGUAAUCAGUUGGGCAAAACUUUAAAAAUUUACUCUAUCAACUGUUCACAUAUAAAUGUAUGUACAGUGAUUAUACAGAAAAGUUUAUUUAUUUUAAACAUGAGAGAAUUGAAGAGAGUUUGAUUGCUCUCUAUAUGUUUAUAUGUUAAAAAUCAAUGGAUUAACUGAAUAUACAUAUUAUAUAUAUUUACUUAAGAUAAUUUAUAUGUAUCAUAAAUAGUAAUGUGUAUUCAUAUAUUGUAAUAUAGAAAGAAAGAUUAUAUACAAAUUUUAUAUUGUACACAAAAAAAGAUAGAGUUUAUUGAAAUUUACAGCUUUUUUAACAGAAAUUAUAAUUUACUUAGGAUAGUAUCACUUUUUAAAUAAUAUUAUAAAGUACUCUCUUCACUUUUUUUAGUUAAUUUUAAAUUGAGAACAGAUAUAUGACAAAAUCGUGUACAAAUAUUGUAUAAAAAUGUAUAAUUUUUACUUGUAUUUCUAAUAAUUAUUACUUGUAAUUA